AUGCUUCUGGAAAUCUGGGAGCGGCACAAUCAAAGACGCCAUGCAUCACAGUAUCACCUGCACUUAAUGGAUGCACGCGGUGAGCCGAAAAUCACCACGGUGGUCGGUCUGCAACAAACGUAUCAACUUCACGCCAAAUCCGGUAACAAAUCAGUCGUAGUAAAGCAACUGCGUCUACAUUCAGACCAGGCAGCUAGUAGAUAA